ACCUUAACUCUCCCAACAAAGGUCUGCUGUCGGAUGCCAUGACAGAUGUUCCCGUGGAUAGCGCGGCUGCGGCCAGGACCCCUGCGCCCGAGGGGCUGACUCUUGCUGAAGAGGAGGAGUUGAGAUCUGAACUUGCCAAGGUUGAAGAAGAAAUUGGUACUCUCAGGCAAGUUCUGGCUGCUAAAGAGAGGCACUGUGGAGAACUGAAGAGGAAGCUAGGUUUGACUCCUUUGGAUGGGUUAAAGCAAAACCUGUCUAAAAGCUGGCAUGAUGUCCAAGUCUCCAAUGCUUAUGUGAGAACAUCUGAGAAACUUGGAGAGUGGAAUGACAAAGUGACACAGUCUGACUUUUAUAAGAAGACCCAAGAAACCCUUUCCCAGGCAGGACAGAAGACUUCAGCAGCCCUUUCCAAUGAAGGUUCUGUUAUCAGCAGGAAACUUGGUGACAUGAGGGCUCACCCCUUCUCCAGUUCCUUUAGCAGUUACUCCAUUCGCCACUCGAUAAGUAUGCCAGCAAUGAGGAAUUCUGCAACCUUCAAGUCAUUUGAAGAUAGAGUUGGGACCAUAAAGACUAGUAUUCGGGCAGAUGGCCUCUCAGAUAUGUGAAGUCUUUGCUACAUCCCGAGUGGUGGGCAGCAGGGAAAACAGCACUGACGGCCUCCACUCCCCCUCGGGAGCUGGAGACAAGCCUCCACAAGACAACGCUCCUUUCUAGACCCGCGACGUGGCUUUGCACGGCUGUGCACAACUGUAAGAGCGAGCCCCCUCCCUCCCAAACCUUCACAACAGCAACAACAUGCGAAUCCAAGAAGGGGCUGAGAGCCAGUCUGGAGAGAUCCAUCAUUCAUUCAUAGACACUGCUGCUGGAUCUAAGUCAAAUAAAGAGAAUGCAAAGUUUUGUACACAAAUAAUAUUUUACACUAAAGUUUGUAGAUUAAAUGUAUCACUGCUGUCCUUUUGGGAGAGCAUGUAAGAUGGAGUUUCCUUAAAGUAGCUCAGAAAUGCCAGUGGUAAAGACAAAACCAGUUUUCCCUUGUCUGACAUUACUUGGAACAGAUACAUCGCCCUGAGCAGUGUGAGGAGGGCAGUUAUCGGAGAAGCCAAGUGCAUGGGCAUCUUAGCUUCAGCUUCUGGCUACGUUCUCGGUUUGGGGCAUGCCAUGCAGCUUCUCCGUGAGCUCCCAGGCUUCUCCUGUUACUGUUUUCUCUGGCUCCCAUUGGAGUAGGCUGGUAAAUGGGGUAAACAGUUGGUUUUUUUCUGGGCUCCCAAAAGGGAAACUUCACUUAGCAGCUGCCUCGUUGUUACACUAAUGCUCUAGCUUUAACUAAACUAAAAAUCUUUAUUUUUAAAUGCAAUGAACUUUAAAGAAAUAAAGCUUAAAAAAAAAAAAAAAAGAGAAGCUUUGGCAUCAUAUUAGGGAAACGCUCCCUUGGACUCUGAAACUGAACUGCCAGCCUUACAUCACCUUACGCUUUACUUGUUUAUGAUUUCUUUUUUUCUAUAGAGAAGACCGCAAGGGUUAUAAAGCUGGAUGUUGAGCACUGGAGUUUUGCAUCAUGCAGUAGUAGCAGCAUGCUUAUAAGCCAGUUCUUGUGUUAAAUUCAGUGGUGCACUCCAUUUCCUGAGUGUAUGAAACUUGCUUC